AUGCUGGCAAUAGUAACCUGCAGUAGCUCCAUAGUUCCUCCUUCGAGACCUCACACCGCCGCCGCCACUUUCAUCUCCGGCAAGCAUCUGCCGUUUCUCGGUCGCCGCAAGCUCUGCUGCGACGUAGUUUCCCGUCUUCCGGCUCCUCCUCUCACCCCAUGGGAUAAUGAGAAAGACGAUGCCCAUAUCUUCCAUGAACGAGAUCUUGCGCAGGAAAAAGUCUCUUUCACCACUCGUCGGACGUUUUUUGCGCGUUUAGUAAUGUGCACAUGCUACUCUUAUCUUCUUACUUCAAGGUACUCUCCAGCUUAUGCUUUAGGAGACCCAUCAGUGACUGUUGAACAAGUCACACCUCCAGUUUUCUCUGCUGGGACACUUUUCCCAUCCGAGGAAAGAAUUGUUGAACUGUUUGAGAAGAAUACUUACUCGGUGGUCAACAUAUUCGAUGUAACUUUGCGCCCCCAACUUAAUAUUUCAGGGUCUGUUGAGGUGCCUGAAGGAAAUGGUUCAGGAGUUGUCUGGGAUGAACACGGUCAUAUUGUUACGAAUUAUCACGUUAUUGGAAAUUCUCUAUCAAGAAACCCAAGCACCGGCCAAGUUGUUGCUCGAAUCAAUAUUCUAGCUUCUGAAGGCGUACAAAAGAACUUCGAGGGUAAAUUAGUUGGUGCUGAUCGGGCAAAGGAUCUUGCUGUCUUGAAGGUUGAAGCCUCUAAGGAACUAUUGAGACCAAUGAAGGUGGGCCCAUCAUAUUCUCUAAAAGUUGGUCAGCAAUGUUUGGCGAUCGGAAAUCCGUUCGGUUUUGAUCACACACUUACUGUUGGGGUCAUUAGCGGACUCAAUCGAGACAUUAACAGUCAAACGGGUGUUACUAUUGGUGGAGGUAUUCAAACUGAUGCUGCCAUAAACCCUGGAAAUAGUGGUGGUCCUUUAUUGGAUUCGAAGGGAAACUUAAUCGGCAUUAACACUGCGAUAUUUACACAGACAGGGACUUCGGCUGGCGUGGGGUUUGCAAUUCCUUCAUCGACAGUAGUAAAAAUCGUGCCACAGCUAAUCCAGUUCGGCAAAGUUGUUCGAGCGGGAUUAAAUGUUGAAAUCGCUCCCGAUCUUAUUGCAAGCCAACUCAAUGUUCGAAACGGAGCUUUAAUUUUGCUGGUUCCGGGAGAUAGUUUAGCAGCUAAGGCAGGUCUUUUACCAACUACAAGAGGCUUUGCGGGUAAUAUUCUGCUCGGGGACAUAAUUUUGGCAGUGGAUGAUAGACCUAUAAAGAGUAGAGCAGAAUUGUACAAGACAUUGGAUGAUUACAAUGUUGGGGAAAAAGUGAUUUUGAAGAUUCAGAGAGGUACUGAAAAUUUGGAGCUACCCAUUGUUCUUGAGGAAAAAAAGGGAUGA